UUUACGUCAACUUUGUUAAGUCUGUUGAAAAAGCUGGACGUAACGAGUGGGGUCGUCGAUGAUGUUACCGCUACUCUGACUGGGAUUGUACGGGUUUCUAGCGACACCUGACUGUGGAACGUGAAAUGAUUAUAGCGGCUGUUCUCGCAAGAUACGGACUGCAACAAGUGCCCGCGGCAUUUAUCUUCUGCUAAAAGUUCGUCACCAUUCCCAAGUGGCAGAACAUCCCAUUGUUGUACGUAGGAAAAUGGCAGACACGGAUAACGUGGAAGAAUGGAAUUACAAAGCUCGCCAGGAGGAAGAGAUGGAAUUCUUUACAGAACUGGCUCUACAUGAAACAGAAAGAUGGAUCCAGGCUGUCACAAAGAAAGAGUUUCAGUAUCCGGAUGAUCCAAGAAAGUCGCUGGAAAAUGGAAUUUUACUUUGCGAACUUUUAAACAAUAUCAAGCCUGGGUCAGUGAAGCGAAUCAACAAACUGCCAACUCCCAUUGCAGGCCUGGAUAAUUUGAACAUUUUCCUCAACUCCUGCCGCAGCCACUUUGGAUUAACAGACACACAUUUGUUUGACCCCGCUGACCUUGAAGAUCUAUCACAAAGAGCCAUAGCAGAUUCUGAACAUUUGAAAGAAGAAGUGGAAAGGAGAUUACGGAAUGUAGCAAUCACUGUGUACUGGAUCGGAAAAGCUGUGAAGACCUUCUACACCGGACCACAGUUAGACUUGAGUGCAUUUGCGCCGCUUGUCCACCUCCACUCCAAAGACAUCAUAUCUGAUGAACACAUCCUGCGCAACUCUUCGUCGUGGGACAACACCGAAUCUCAGGCCUUGUAUGGCUCUCAGGGCGGCAGCAGCAGCAACAACAGGGAGGUGAGAAACUCUCAGGGCAGACCCCAGUGGGACAGUUCCUAUGAGUCGUACGCGUCAUUUGAAAAGGGAUCCCAGGACAGCUUAGAUGAUCAGGAACUUGAGGAGACCAUGCCUGGAGUUCGGCGAUACGGCAGUGCCUCGACACUGAACAAGAACGGAGGGGAUGGGUACGGACAUGGACACCACAGAGAUUACGAGUCUCUGUACCCGAACGAUGACCGCAACGACAGCAUGUACCGGAGCAGUCCGGACCUGUCAUCACAAGGAUCAUACCACCACCACCGGUCCUCGUCCACGGACAGUCUGGAUGGAUCAUACACCGGUGGACACUCCCGGCAGUCGUCGGGCAGUGCAGACGGAUAUCCGACGCGCAACAUACAGACGAGACGGACCAGCACAUCGGCCGCUGAUCCUCUCCAGUUUGUGAAGGCAAAGACAGCGGUGGAGCUGGCCAAACAGGCUGAGGAGCAGAUCAAGAUGGCGAAGGAGGUAAAGAGAUCAGAGAGGAAGGUUAUCAAUGAUGAGGAUGACUGGCUGUCGAAUUUAAGUACAUGGAAGACUCGCAGGAAAAGUCAUUCAUCUUUCCAAGCCGUGGAGGAGUCGAAAGCAGAGGAACAAGAAAUGGAACAGAAGAAAACAGAUCAAGGAAAACUACAGACCAAGACCUUUAGUCAAAUGAAGGAAGAGAGGGAAAGACGGAAGAGUUCAGGAAGAAAUAUUUACCCGUUUGAGGAGGAAGAGGAGGAAGUCAGUCCAGUGCGAGCAUCACACCAAGAAACCAGUCUGACCCAGAACAGCGUCAAGUCAUCAACGCCCAACAAAGAUAUCCCGAUUUCUCCCGUCCAGUCCGAGAACUAUGUACCAGAAUGGGCUAAAUCUGACGAUGAAGAUAAUGGUGAAGACGACAAUUCAGAGAACCAGUCAACUUUGGAGGAUAAGAACAACAACCAGUCUAACAAAAACAAAGAUGGUGAUGUCGACGACAACGUGUUCAAUAAUAAUAAAAACUCGGAAAUUUCCAACUUCUCUCCUAAAAGAAGGACAGGAAACGUUGGGAUGCCAAACUAUAAGGAGAGGGAGAAGGUGGCUGAACGUGAUGUGAGACACAGCAGGGUGGGUCAGGCCAACAGUGACAGUUCAUCCCGGUCAAACAAGAUCAACGACAUUCGGAAUCGUUUCGAGCACCAGGAGGAGCAGCACAAACCGCGGACUCCCGUUCUUGGUGCGAAGGUGGACGUGAAGGCGAGGAAAAAGUCGUUUGAAAAUCCAGACAAGGGGGAUGAUAAUAAUAGUGUACAUAAUGUGACGCCGAGGGUGAGAAAGUUCGAUCAUAAUUCUGUGUUGGAUACGGACAGGGAUUACAUUCGCCGUUCUGUGGGGCGUGAUUCUGUGCAGGAGCGGAGUUACCCAAACAUUAAGGAACAACGUCAUGACGACGACGAUGAUGAUGAUAAUGUUGUUGAUGAUAAGUGGAAUACUAACAAUAACAUGGACGGUAGCUGGCAUCAAGAUGUGUCGGUGGAGAACAACUCACAGGAAGCAUACUACACCCAGAGUACCUCUAGCAAGAAAUUUACUGAAAAGACUAUAAAAAUAAGUCAAAAACCAAACAAUGAGCGUGGAUUUGGAUUUACGAUAAGUGGAGGAAGUGAUGUCCGACAGCCAGUCAUUGUGGAGAAAGUAUCUUUAGGUAGUGCUGCUGAUGUGAAUGAGUUACAGACGAAGGAUGAGAUCGUGUCGAUCAACAAGAAGGACGUUACGCGGCUGACCAACGAGUCCAUCAAUCAGCUCGUCUCAGACGCUGUCCGGUCAGGUUACCUGGAACUGGGCAUCAGACGCUUCACCAGCGAGGAAGAUGAAGAAGAAGAGUUUUUGUCAAGUGAUGAGGAGAUUGAGACACUAGAACCACACCAGAACCAGCAGAUGGAAUCCGACCUCGCAAACCUGUCCUACGACAGUCAGAGAUCUCGGGCUUCACAGGAGGAUUUCCGCCACUCGGCCAACAAGAACCCUGUCGCUAGUGCCCUGGAUGAGGAGCGACAGUGGGUAAACAAUGCGACUCAGUCUACCCACGAACGUGACAGUGGCAUGGGACACAGCAUCAACAACAUCUAUGACUCUUAUGAGGAACCAGCAGCUGAAAUGUCUCGAGACACCGCAGUGCUUUCGUCUGUGUGUAACGGUGAGCAGGAUAUCCUACAGGAGCAGUCUAUGUUUGACCAGCAGGAGGUGGUGGUGCGACCCACACUGACCGUGACAAGGAAAAGUGAACAUCGGGUGGAUUCGAGCCGUAACGAGGACAACACAAGACCUCAGUCUACUGGUUUAACCAAAGAAGAUGUUGAGUACGAUGUAAAACUGAGAAACAAGCCACGCACCACGGAAGCUGAUGAGGACACUGAUGACAGCGGACCUCCGGCCAUACUGAGGAAGUGGCAGAAACAGAGACCGAAGUCUGAGUACAGAUACGAAGAGGAGAAAACCACCACACAGAAACGUAUGAGUGCCACGAUACCAUGGUUAUCAGGCAGUAAGGAAUUCACCGACAGGGACCACAGUAAAGAUGAUUUGUUAAUGAACAGAUCUCAGCAGAAAGAAGCUCCCAUGCCACAACCACGACGACCGAAAGCAUUUGACCAAUCAGAGGACGCGAGACUGCAGGAGUGGGAGAGAAAGCAGGAGAAGAAACGACAGCAACCUGACCCUCCUGAGAAUGCAGUAGAAUUCGAGUUUUCCUUUAAUCAGGAGGAGUUUGCUGAGCAGCAGGGUAUGAUGCAAAGACAGUACGAGGAAGAUCAGCAGAGAGCAGAGGAGGCGGCCAGGAAGAAGAGUGAAGAGGAACAAAAGCUCCUAGAACCUGAGAUGCAGCGAAUGAAGGAAAUGGAAGAACGUCGUCAGGAGCGACGGAAUCGUCUCAACGAGUUGCAUGUGCAGCCGCAUGAGGAGGAAUACACAACGAGCAGGAAUCGGCACGAACGCACCAGCGGUGUACUCGCAGACUCGGUGGACAGGCACGAGAAACCCGCAGGACUGUCCGACAAAACUCAGACAGCGACAAUGUCUUUUAAGGUUGAUGGACCACAACAGCAGCAACAGCAACAGCAGAGAGUCCUAGUUAUUGAUCCCAGAAACAGAUCUGAUAAUGACCAAGAGCAUCCCGAAUAUAGCUUCCACUUGAAUAUCAACCAGCGGGAGAUGUCCAGUGCUCCACCCAUUCGUGCAGAGGUCCGGCCCAAACUGAAAUCGGCUCCCGGCAACCAGCAAAUAGGAAGUCACGAGAAGCAGAUGGCAGAAGAGAGAGAAAGACAGUGGCAGGAGGAACUGAGAAAGAAAGAAGAAAAAAGGAAAGAGGAGGAAGACCGUCGACUUCAAGAAAAGGCAGAACAGCUUAGGAUACAGGAGGAAAAACUAAGAAGGGAGCACGAGCAACUUCGACUUGCUCAAGAAAAGAUUCAGAGAGAACAGCGAGAGUUGCAGCAGCAGAAGGAAUUACUGCAGAAGAAAGCCGCGUUGACGGAAACGUUCGAGCCUCCCGUGCAGAGCCGCGUACGAGAACCCUCUCCCACAUACAACUCGGUGGUCACGCAGAAACGGCCAGAGAUGUUGAGGGUAGCCACUGCCCCCGAGAGAGGAGGACAAACAUACGGCCGCCCUCAGUAUUCCACCACCCUCGUCAUCGAACCCAAGCAUCACAAGCAGGCAGAACAGACCUGGGGUCAUAGUCCGAGCCCGAGCUACGACGGCAACAACAAAGAAGGUGUGGGACGAUUCACGCGCGAGGACAUGUUGGCCAUGAACCGCAAGCCAACCCCUCUGCAGGUUCGGCCAGAGUUGUCUCCCCCUCUUAGUCCCGACAGCGGUGGUGCUAACCCAAUCAAGAGAGGGAUGCCGUCCAGGCAGCAGCUGCACUCCCUCAACGCUGUUCCCAAACCACGAAUCGUCGGCUCCAGCGAGUGGAUGGCCAACACUCACGACGGUUACAAACCGCAGGACCGGGCAGCCACAUUGCCAACACGCCACGCCGACAUCAUGAAGAAGCAGUACUCGACGCCGCAAGAGCACUGGCUGUACGAAGAGGCGGAGAGGAGGAGACGGGCGUCACUGGAUCCCAAGAUCCAGCCUCAUCACCACCAGGCGACGCACACGCAGUUCAGCGGACCCAUCAAACCGGCCAGUGACAACAAGUGGCGGGACGGGAGGCUCUACGACCCCAGGCAGGACGGCAGGCAGUAUGAGCAGAAGCUGUCGCCUAACACCUCGUUCGAGCGCAGGAGCGACACCUCAAUGCCGGCCCAGAUAAGACAGACACUGCUACAGAAGACGGCCGGGGCAAGAGGUUCCAACGGAAGCAACUACUCGCAGGAGCUGGGAAGCUACCCCAUGUACCCUAUCGAGCAGCCGACGUCUCUGUCACAGACGAUACCGAAAUCAUACAACUACAACAACAGCAGCGCUCCGUCUUCUGCCAGACACGAGCCGAUGGUUCCCCCAGCGAUGCAAGCUCCGCCCCCACCGGAGAAUUCUGCCGAACAACAUCUGCCUGUCAGUGGCAAACAGGAGUGCUCCCAUUGUAAUCAGGAACUAGGUUUUGGUGCUGCUAUGAUAAUCGAGUCCCUGGGUCUGUACUACCACGUGCAGUGUUUCCGGUGUUGCGUGUGUCACACUCCACUAGGGAGCGGCAAUGAGGGAGCGGACGUGCGCGUCAGAGUGAACAAACUCCACUGUCCUAACUGCUAUAGUAAUGAUGAAGGUAUCUCCUACAUGGGCAAUUUCUAGUUGUCUCCCCAUGGAAGGAUGUGCCACACUCAGUAUGGGCUGGACUGAAAUUCAGCAAGGUAUAGUGCAACUGUGACUGUCAAUGUAUCUGGAAUGGAUAUACAUUGUAUUAAAUCUUCGGUUUCCAUGGUAGCGAAUGACCCGACGAGUGAGAGAUUGUUUCAGUCUUUGAAGUGCUGCAUAUAUCAACAUAACAGUUCGUCUGUCAGCUUUGUUUUGUAAAUUUGGGUGAUAAAUAUUGAAUUUGAUGAUGAUCUACAAAUUCUGAAUCCAGAUGUCUAGUAGAAACACUUUGUAUGCUGGUUGAAUAACAAAAUUACAUGCAAUAUUCAUCUUUAAUGACUUGUAUUUGUUGUCCUGACAAAAUGAUAGAAAUGUUAAGAUGAAUAACAGAUAUUUAUUCUCCUGGAUAAAUAACACAGUUUCAUAAAUAAGAGAUGGUCUUGAAUCAUGGUGAACAGGGAAUGGACAGACAUGGUUUAAACAAUAUGUAUUCCCAAUUAUAAUGCUGGCUGGGGAUUGGCCAACAGGCAAAAUGCCUAUAUCAAGGUGUCUCCCAUUAAAUGCAAUAUUGAUCAGAUCUAAAUUGAACAGACAUUUAUAUGUGUAUGUAAUGAAGAAACACCUGCCAGCCUAGAUGAAUACAGGACAAAGGUGAAUAAAAACAUGCUGGCUUUGGUCAUCGAAGAACAUUUUUUAGAUCUAAAUGAACAGCACGCACGUUUCCGUAAACAAAAAUUAAAAUAAUUAUAUUUGUAUAUGAAACAUACAAAAACAGCCAAAGUAACUCAUUGCAUAUUACAGAAUAAAUCCACUGGAUUUCACCCUCUGAAGCAAAUUAACAUGACUGUUUGACCGUAACAAUGUGUCCAGUCUUGUAUCUGAAUACUAGUGUAUUCGUGCAUAGUUAUGAACUGGAUGUUGUAAAAUUGUACCAGUUAUAUACAUCCCAAGACAUUAUCUAAAUACAUGUAUAUCACAGUGUGUGGUGUUCUUAAGAGGAAGAGUGUGGAUUUUUCUAUAUACAGUAAGUUCAUGCUUUUCAACAAGUUUCACCUUGAAUUGUAUGAUUUCUUCUGAGUGAUACAUACCAUGUUUGGUUAUACAGAGACCCUGCCAUACAAUGUUAAAAUCACUCCUAUGAUGAAACAUGGAUGCAGUUUAGCUCUCUUUUUUUCUCUGUAGUCUUUCAUCUGUAUAUGAACACUGAAAAACGUUAUACAAGCUGUGUUUCUAAAAUAUGGGGUGAGUUGCAGUUCUUGUAGAUACUUUUACAGAAACAGAAUUGGAAGUUGCAUGGAUAAUUCUUUAUGAAUUAAUUUCUGAUGGAAUUAUGUGAAGGUAGACUGGAUCAACUUAUAGGAUUUCUCCUUGGUCUAAGUUUGUCACAAAACCAGUGUUCUUUGUGGCAGUGUUCUUCCAUCAUUUGAUUUUUUAUUUAAGUGUACAAGAUACUGUUUUAUCCCACUUCAGAAGUUAUGCUAUAGCAAGAGUUUGACUGCUAACAGUAACGUAACCAGAAGAACAGAAUUGUAUACUAAUACCAAGUGUUUGACUGCUGACAUUGCCAGAAGAACCACAAGAAAGGAAGGGAACUUUUUUAUGUUACCCAUAUCCCAAAGGUUCAAGCACGCCCACCCUGGACUUAGUCUCUGACUUCGCCAGUGGCCAAUUCCAGGGCAGGAGGAGAACCCCAAGAUAUAAGCAUUUAUGAAUACAGGAAGUGAAGAAAACAAAGUGAAAUUGUAAUGUACUACUUUCCAUGCAACAAGUUUGGCUGAUUAAUUUUGGACGUUCAGCUAAUCACUAAUAUUACAGUACUGUGUUCUCUGACGGUCUGAACUAAUUAGUAAGGAUGUGUGCAGAAUAUAUUUAUGUUCAUGGUCAGUGCACAUGGUAUCUGCAGUUAUCAAUUUACUUGGUUGAUCUUAUUCUUUAGUGUAAGUACUUAAACUAUUUCCUACUUAUUGUUUUAUUUCUUUAUCAGAAAAUUUUGGAUUUAAAUUUUUUUUUAAAUAUUUUUAUGAAAUACUAGCUGCAUUUUUAAAAAAUGCACAUUGAAAUCACAUCUCUACAUUGUAUAUUUAUGCUACAUUAUUGUGUUACUAUGUAGUGUAUAGUCACAGUGCACUGAACAUCCUGUUAUCCAGCUAAAGUGAUUAUUCCAUCCUGCCAAAACAGGAUUGACUGCAGCAGCAGAAUUGUUACUAUAGUAACAGGAUUGACUGCAGCAGCAGAAUUGUUACUAUAGUAACAGGAUUGACUGCAGCAGCAGAAUUGUUACUAUAGUAACAGUAUUGACUGCAGCAGCAGCAGAACUGAUACUAUAGUAACAGAAUUGACCCUGUUGUAAUGGGAUUGACUCUGCAAUAUAUAUAUAUAUAUUUAUAUAACAGCUUUUUACAUAAUGAGUUACACUGUAUAUUCGUGAUAAUGAAACAUUUCCAUUGUCAUUGUGAAAGCCAACCAUUCUGACUAUUAAAGAUAACUGCUUCAGCAUUUGAUUGCUCUGAAGAUGGAAUGAAGAAUAGUUAUCUGGCUACAUUCAAACUUGUUGUUUAUUGGAUUAAUUGCAUUUGCACAUCUCCAGAACAGUCUAGACAGAGUGAGCCAUCUGCGUUGUGUUUGCACCACAGGACAGCGACAUACAGACAUAUUGGAAGUUUCCACCAGACUUAAUUACCAUAGUUCCUGUAGACACUUGGUUGUGUGAUAACACAGACUUUCAAAAUGUUAUCCAAUUUAAUAUUUUAUUUUUGCUAUUAUAGUGAUCUGAGUCCUAUGUAAUAUUAUGUUAGAAAUUUGUGUUACCAUAUUUUACUAGCCAGUCUAUUUAAUAUUGUAUGUUUACAUCAGAAAAGGUUUUACUCACAUUAGUUUGUUCAAAAGUGUAUUUUAGAUCUGAACUGUUUGAAUAUAUUUGAAUAUUAUUAAUACCUUACUCUUUUUAAAGAAAGACUUGUUUGAUGCUAUAAUGGUAUCAAAAUUUAGUAAGGAGGCAAUAGAUUGUAAGAUUUAUUUCAUAUAGUGAAGAAUUAUAUGGAUGAAUCAUGAAGUAGUAUCCCAUGUUAUUGAUAAUAUAAUUGUGUUAAUUGAUGCCAGAUUUGGUGCAGGAUAUGUAGACAUCUUGCAAAUUCAGCAGAUAACAUUUUAAGAUGCUGAAUCCGUCAGUCUUUUCAUUGUUAUGCAGAUAACAGGAAUGUAAUGCCUUGAAGUUGUUAUAUUAUGCUGUAGCAUGUAUUUUUUUGUUUUAUAACUAUUACAGUGUUUUUGUGGUUUGGAGAAAUAUUACAUAUACAGGGUUGUGAUUAACUUUUUAUCUGAUUUCUGCUUUUACUUUUUUUUUCUUCUCUUUUUUCUUCUUUUUUUUAAAAACGUUUUUUGCAUCAAAAAGUACUGUAGGUUAGAACGUAUCUGAACUGUACCAAAAUAACAUUUAUGAAAGUAUGGUAUAAAACAUUUCAUAAUUGAAAGAUCAUUUCAGCUUUUAUUUAAAAUUGCUAUCGCAUCCCUGUAUUUAUUGUGUAGCCCACUUGUAGAAUAUUGUACAGAAAGAAAAAUAACAAAGGAUAAGAGGUUAAGCUGAUGGUACAGGACUACUGUAAUAAUUUAAAGAAUUCAGAAUAAAACUGGAGCAAAACUUGCUAACACUGAAAUCCCUCAUGGUCACCACUGUCCCAUGAGUCUUAAUAAGGAGCUGACUAACAUCAGUUUAAUUUAUACUGUACUGAAAGAAAAAUAACAAAGGAUAAGAUGUUAAGCUAAUGGUACAGGACUGCUGUAAUAAUUUAAAACAUUCAGAAUAAAACUCGAGCAAAACUUGCUGACACUGAAAUCCCUCAUGGUCACCACUGUCCCAUGAGUCGUAAUAAGGAGCUGACUAACAUCAGAUAAAUGUGUAAUAUUGUACUAUGCACUUGCAAUAUAUGCACAUAUUUUUUUAUUGUUGUUGUUGCAAUAGUAUAAACAAAUUUAAUUCUGAUUAAUCAAAUAGUUUUGCUGUAUGUUCAGUUAUCAUAUACUAAAAGAGAUAUAUAGGGCCAGAUUUAUAAAGCCUGCUUAUGUCUUACACACGUGUAACUACAUACAUUUACAACACACGUGUAACUACACACAUUUACAUGUACAAUGCUUAAAACACCUGUGUUUUAAAAAAAAACAAGCUCUAUGAAUUUGGCCCAGUGUAUCUAAGUAUGUAAAUAGAAAAAGAAUGUAUCUGUUUAUGUCAUAGCCUGUAGUAUAGUGUAGGUGAAUUGUUAAACAUGUACAGAUGAUGCAAUAUACAGUGUUUAUUGAUUAUGUAACAAUUGUUUGUUUGCUGCCACAUGAUUUUGAAUCCCACUGAUCAGAAUUCUAAUAUGUCAUAACCAUCUUUGUAGUAAAGGUAAGUUUACACGGUGUGACUUGUAAUAAUGAUUUCUCAAAAUGUCAUUUGUAAUUUUUUCAAAAAUAUUCUUGUGACAUCACUGUCUUUGCAAUUUGUGACUUAAUGUUGCACAAUAUUUUCAGCAGUUUGGUUCUGAUGUUGAAAUGUUCGACUUAAUUCUUUACUACUUGGUGCAAACAAUAAUUGUAAAAUUAACUGUUUGUUUGGUCAAUUUAUGACUCAAACAGGUAUGAUGUAAUUGUGUUAAAAGAUACCUUGUCCACUGUAAUGGCCUAGAUUAUUUAAUUUAUUUUUUAAAUAGGUGUUUUAAUCAUUUAACUAAUAAUUGCCUUAUUACUUUGUCUUUUUUCACGAUACAAUUUGAUCAUACAUGUAUCACAGGCCAUUACUACAAAUGAUAAUUCAUUAUAUACCACAGACCAUUAUUAUAAGUCACAUUUAAAUAUACCACAGAUCAUAACUAUAAGUAACACAUGAUCAUAUAAGUAUUAGAGAAUGUUAUUACAAAUUACAUUUACUAUUACAUCACAAUAUACUACAGACCAUUCCUACUAAGACCAAUACAAAUGACACUUGAUCAUAAAUUACAGACCAUUAUUACAAGUAAGACUUGAUCAUAUACAUGUAUUUCAGACCAUUACUACAGGUAACACAAUAUAUACUUCAGACCAUUAUUACAAGUGACAAGAUCAUAUACUUCAGACCAUUACUAUAGGCAACACGGUAUAUACUUCAGACCAUUAUUACAAGUGACCAGAUCAUAUACUUCAGACCAUUACUACAGGUAACACAAUAUGUACUUCAGACCAUUAUUACAAGUGACAAGAUCAGAUACUUCAGAUCAUUACUACAAGUCACACCAUGAUAUAGUACCUGUCGAUUAAUUACAUCACCUGCAAAUAUAAUUGCAAUGCAUGUCAGAACCCAUAGGUUUCAUUUUGAAAAAUAUUUAUUGUACAUGUAUAUCAGAAUAGGUUUUUUUGUAGUAGAUUGCAGAUUAUUGCAUUUCUUGUAGUAGACUACAGAAUAUUGAUUCUUGUAGUAGACUACAAAAUAAUGUUUCUUGUAUUAGUAGACUACAGAAUACUGAUUCUUGUAGUAGACUACAAAAUAAUGUUUCUUGUAGUAGACUACAAAUAUUGUUUCUGUAGUACAUUACCAAAUAUUGUUUCUUGUAGUAGACUGCAGAAUACAGUUGUUAUUUUUGUAGUAACCUGCAAAAUAUUAUUUUUCUUGUAGCAGACUACAUAAUAUUAUGUUUUUAAUACUAGACUAUAGACUGUAUUGUAAAUAAUGUUAUUGUGUAUAUAAUACUAACUCAUUGCCUUGUAAAUAGUGAUAACUUUUGUUGUUAGCAGUGUGUGAUUGUGUGUCAGUAGUUUGUGUGUAUGUGUGAAAAUUAAACCACCACUAUGACCUGUAUCAGCAAAAUCAGUGUCGUUUCCUUGUUUUCGCGAUGUACACGAACAACCUUUUGUUAUAGGCCAUAAGUCUACAUUUUAUGGGGAUUUUCUAAUUUUUGGGUAAUUUCUUUAACCUGUGAACAGAGUGUAAAAAGUGCGAUUGUUCAAACAUUAAACCUGUGAACAGAGUUUAAAAAACAUUAUUCCUGUAUAUUAAAGGUACUUUGUCAUCUUUGAACAUUGUAAGGUGAUUUAGGACUAAAACUUAUUUUCUUGCUAAAAAGAUAAACAUUUCGGUUAAUUAAUUCAACAUUUCCCAAUACAAAAUGUUCAAAUCCUAUCUAGAAAUGAGUAAAUGUUCAUGUUUAUUCAGUAUAGGAUGUAUGUCUAAAAUGUAAAACUUUAAGUUUGUUUCAGUAAGUAACACCACUAGAGCACCUUGAUUAAUUAAUCAUUGCUAUUGGAUGUCAAACAUUGGGUAAUUGUGACAUGUACGGUAGUCUUCAGAAAAAACCUGCUACAUUUUGUUCCCCAUUAAUAUCAAGAGAUCUUGUGUAUGCACUUUUUCAAAGACAUGACAGCACAUACCACAGCUUUUGAUAUACCAAUCAUAGGGCACUAGUUGGGAUAGGAAAAACCUAAUGGGUCUGCCAAAGUGGUUUGAUUCUAUGAUUGACAUCCAGUAGCCAAUGAUUAAUAAAUCAGUGUGUUCUAGUGGUGUCGUUAAACAAAACAAACUUUUUUUCUUCUGUUUUUUUCAAUCCUAUGAUGCAAAUACAUCAGGUGAGUGCUCUACUGACAGCUAAAUGCCAUCCUUUUUCUAAAAUGCACUUUCAAAAAUACAGUAUCAUAAAAAAUUGUAAAGUGUUCCAAACAGUUCCAUCAAAACACUGUUAGCAGCUUCUAUAAUCAUUAAAACAAGCAAGAAGACUUUAGAUUUUUUUUUUUUUUAAAACAAUAUCUGUGUAUUUGGCAAUGUAGUAAAAAUGGGAAUACAUUAUGGACAAACUCUAUUGUGCAGAUGGGAAAAUAAAAUACUUGAAUUAUUUCCCUUUAUAAAUUUUACUGCACAGAGUAUGUGGCAUAUGUUUUUGUACACAAUAUAAAAUGUAAAACUGAAUGUGGUUUACUUAACUGGUUGCUUGAAUUUUUCAGCAAUAUGAUGAAUAUAAAUAUUUUUGUUACCAUACAUGUAUUUGUUAAAAACUCCAUGGUUGUGUAUUAGCUAAUUAAUAAUUAUGUACAUUUUUACUUUAAGGGACCAUUUAUAAUUAUUAAUAACUUAACAGGCAUAUAAACCUUGUUUUGGGUGGGUUUAUGUCAGUAUAUGCAUUUAACACACCCUUCCUCCCCCCAAAAAAACCCAAACAACAACAACAACAACAAAAAAACAACAACAAAAAAACACACACAAAUUUAAUAGUUAAUAAAAUGGUGGAAAAAAGUAAAUAAAAAUAACAGUUUUUAAUAUACUUUUUUUUAAGAGUAAGAGUAACAAAAAGGGUACACUUUGUGUACAAUUUGAAAAUUUUGGUAAUUGCGAAAAUCCCCUAAAUAAUAAACGUUUCCAAUUAUGGAACGACUUAUCAUUCCGGAUUGCAAAACUUUCCAUGAUUUGUGUGUUGAAUGAAAAUGUUUCCACGGUUGUAUGUUUAGUGACAAGGUGCAUUUUAUACUUUGACUAACUAGGUUGUGAUUGGCUGUGAUAAUUGAGACUAUUGGACCACAUUGGACAUAAUAUAAACCAGUUUAGGACAGACUGUCUGGGUUGGCAAUUUUAUCUGCACUCUUGUUUUGUUGUAAUGUUCAGUUGAUAUUUAAUAUACCUUGUUGUUGUCAGUGUUUUCUUAUUGUUGUUAGUGGCUAUCCACGCCACUCUCAGAACUAUAUUGUCCAGUGAUAGUUUUAUUACACGACUGGUUCUGAGUUGUGUUUUAUCAUUUAAACCUUAGAAAUUAAAUUAUUUCAAUUUCAGAUGCUACAUCCAUCUGUUAAUCGUGUAAACCGUGUUUUUCAAUUUGUAAUUAUUUAAAGUGAAAUUAUUUGUGAAUUUUUUUUACAGCAAGCAGUUACAACCGCAGUAGCAGUGUAACAAUAUUGUUGUCACAUUUGAUGCAAGAUAAAUAUUUUGUAAUGGAUGAUUUAUAAUUGUGGGUUUUUUUAAGAAUAUGUUAAGCCGAAAAGUUUAUUUUUAUACGAGUUCUUGCAGUUUUGAUAUCAUUCCAAGAAACAUAUUUGUGAAUCAAUAAUGGGCCAGAAAUGUUAUUUUAAGAGGGGUUUUUUUCUCCAAAAGAUCUCAAAUUGGCAAUUAAGAGAAUAAAUGGGUGUUGUGGAGUAUUCUCAGUUAAACUCGAAUUGUGAUCUAAAACAGAAAAGUUAAGAAAUCUUCAAUACAUAGAAAGUACUCUGAAGUUUGAAUGUAUAAACAAUUGAAUUUUUAUGAUCAUAGGCAUUUGAUCCUUUUAAUGUCAUGAACAACUGAAUAUAAAAGAGUUCAUUCUUUAUGCUCUGUUGAACAGAAUAUAUAUGUAAAUCUAUUGUAGUUGACAUUAGAAGAAAAAAUAUGAAACAUUGUGCAUAAAAUGUUCCAGACCAUAUUCAGGAAUGAAUGUGCUUGUGUAGCUGUGCAGUGAAUGUGAAGUAAUAGAUCUGUUAUUGUUACAAAAAAAAUGUCGAGUUGUGAGUUGACCUAAGAUGACCAGGUCAUGUACAUAAUUUAUUAGGUUUCUAUAACAACCAUUGUGCAGCCUAUCAUACACAGGAGAACAUGCUAUAUUGUAGACUGCGUCGUUUUUUUUAUUGAGUGCCUGUAUUAUACAACAUAUUAUCAGAGUUACUAUUUUUGGUGCAAGUUCACUUUAAAUACUAUUCAAAAUGCUGACGAUGUCAUGUUACUGGGAAAUAAAACCCAACCGCUAUAA